UCUACGUCAAUGGGCGGUUUUUGAGUGUUAGGAACCGAACUGGGGGGGGGACGUUUGACUGACCAGUAACGAAGUGCGUGGUGUUGUGUACAUUUUUAUCGUUUCUAAGCUAGUUAACACAUGAACGGCAAUUUACACCGUGAACUGGUAGUAGUGGCGGGAACAAAAUAGGACAGUUUGCAUCUGAAUGCAAGCGGGGGCUGCGAGUGACUGAAUAGCUGCAGGUAGGGAGAGCUGUAUCGGUCAGCCAUGGGUUUCCGAAAGAAGAACAAGAGCCCGCCGGUGCUGAGCCACGAAUUCGUGAUCCAGAAUCACGCGGAUAUGGUUUCAUGUGUGGCUAUGAUAAUUCUCCUCGGCCUGAUGUUCGAGGUCACAGCCAAGUUUGCCAUCAUGUUCAUCACCAUUCAAUACAAUGUGACUCAAAGUCUUGAUGAGAGGGCUGAGCAAGUGAACCUGUACCAGUACGGUCCUAAAGACAUAGCCACUGUGUUCUUCUACCUGCUCAUUGCUGUCAUACUCCACGCCUUAAUACAGGAAUACAUUCUCGAUAAAAUGAAUAGGCGGUUGCACCUGUCGAAAACCAAACAUAGCAAGUUCAAUGAAUCGGGACAGCUUGCUGCCUUCUACUUAUUGUCCUUCAUCUGGGGCUGCAGCAUCUUAACAGCGGAGGAAUUUGCGACAAAUCCUACUUUCUUAUGGGAGGGCUACCCACACACCCACAUGGUCUUUCAGGUGAAGUUCUUCUACAUUUGCCAAAUCGCAUACUGGCUCCAUGCCCUUCCUGAGCUGUACUUCCAGAAAGUGCGAAAGGAGGAUAUUCCCCGCCAGCUCUAUUACAUUUGUCUUUACGUCUUCCACAUCACCGGUGCCUACAUCUUAAACCUCCACCGGCUGGGCCUGGUGCUGCUGGUACCUCACUACCUGGUGGAGCUCCUGUUCCACGCCUCACGCCUCUUCUACUUCAGUGACGAGAACAAGCAGAAGGGUUUCACUCUGUGGGCGCUACUUUUCGUCAUCGCUCGCCUCCUUACCCUCACCCUCUCCGUACUGACUUUUGGCUUCGGACUGCCCCGCGCAGAGAACCAGGGUUUCUCACUGGCAAAAGGCAACUUCAAUGUGCUUACCAUUAGGAUGACGUGCCUGGCUGCCAUUUGCCUGACCCAGGCCUGGAUGAUGUGGAAGUUCAUCAACUUCCAGUUGAAGAAGUGGAGGGAGCACAGCCAGAGCCAGGCCUCCAAGAAGAAGGCUUUCAGCCCAAAGAGCAAGCCCCACAAGAAGGACCUUGCCCGGGUAGGUUCUGCCAACGGUGUGGUGAAGUCCGAUGACAAGACGUCACCCCGUGCGAGAAAAGCCAAAGCCUCAUAGAGUUGGAGGGAGAAAAUGGAGGGAUGGAGCUAAGGAGAAGUUUUUUUAUUUUUUAUUUUACCUUUAUUUAACUAGGCAAGUCAGUUAAGAACAAAUUCUUAUUUUCAAUGACUGCCUAGGUGGAUUAACAGCCUGUUCAGGGGCAGGAUGACAGAUUUGUACCUUGUCAGCUCGGGGAUUUGAACUUGCAACCUUCCGGUUACUAGUCCAACGCUCUAACCACUAGGCUACCCUGCCGUGAGGGGGCUAUUCUCAAUGUGACAUUUUGUCUUUUCAUCAUUUACAUUUUUUUUUAAUCUAUUCCCCAAAAGAACCUUAACUGUUUCUUUUGUGUUAGAACCUAUGUUUUAAUAGUUAUGUUUUUGUUUGUUUUGAUGACCUCAUAUGUUUGUGUUCAGUUGUUAUUUCUGUGGAUGGGAUGUAAGCAGGGCAGGGUGAACUGGUUAAAUGUUUUAAAGUAUGAAUCUGCUACCCGUGUGUGCCCCACCAGCUGCCCCACUGCUUGUGCUGUGUGUUCCUUUGAACGUAAACAUGGGGUUUGGCCCUAAGCCACUCUGGGCUGGCCUUUUGGGCAAGGUCUGUCUGUGCUAAAUCUCUCCCACUCAAAUGAUGUUGCUUGAGAGAGCGGAAGUGGGAAGUAACUAGAUAGAUAAUUGGUCAAAAAGUCCUUUUUGGAGAGGAAUUAUCUGUAGCGAUUGCAUCCAGCUUCAGGGCUCUAGUCAAUCAAACUUUCCAACUGGAUUUCUGAGGAAAUCAAAUCACUGUUCAAUUUUUACAGCAAGAGUGCAUGUCACGAUUCAUGUUGUCAACAUAACAUGUAAAACAAGAAGUGUGUGAAACGUUGGACUAAAACUUUAUUUUACCUUAAUAUUGGUUUUGUAUAGGGACCUCACCAUUAACUCCUAACGGUGUCCGUUUGAUGCCUGUAUUGUUACUUGCUUUUGCCAUAUGUAAUAUGUGCUAUUAUGGGAUUGAGGCACUGUUAGUAGUUAGUCAUUGAGUAGCCCCAUCUCAAAGAUUGACCAACUCUCUAUCAGCCAUAUUCUGACUCAACUGGCCUUUAUCCAAAACUCCAUUACUGGAGAUACUUUCUUUAUCCAUGCAGACAGAACUAGAUCUCUUGAGAAAAUGAUGCGUUGAUGUACAGUACCAGUCAAAAGUUUGGACACACCUACUCAUGUCAUGGUUUUCUUUAUUUUUACUAUUUUCUGCAUUGUAGAAUAAUAGUGAAGACAUCAAAACCAUGAAAUAACACACAUGGAAUCAUGUAGUAACCUAAAAAAGUGUUGAAACAAAUCAAAAUAUAUUUUAGAUUCUUCAAAAUAGCCACCCUUUGCCUUGAUGACAGUUUUGCUCACUCUUGGCAUUCUCUCAACCAGCUUCAAGAGGUUGGAAUGCAUUUCAAUUAACAGAUGUGCCUUGUUAAUUUGUGGAAUUUCUUUCCUUAAUACGUUUCAGCCAGUCAGUUGUGUUUUGACAUGGUAGUGGUGGUAUACAGAAGAUAGCCCUAUUUGGUAAAAUACGAAGUCCAUAUAAUGGCAAAAACAGCUCAAAUAAGUAAAGAGAAAGGACAGUCCGUCAUUACUUUAAGAUGUGAAGGUCAAUCAAUCUGGAAAAUGUCAAGAACUUUUUAAGUUUAUUCAAGUGCAGUUGCAGAAACCAUUAAGCACUAUGAUAAACCUGGCUCUCUUGAGGACCACCACAGGAAUGGAAGACCCAGAGUUACCUCUGCUGCAGAAGAUGUUCAUUAGAGUUACCCGCUUCAGAAAUUGCAGACCAAAUAAAAGCUUCAGAGUUAAAGUAACAGACACAUCUCAACACCAACUGUUCAGAGGAGACUGUGAAUCAGGCCUUCAUGGUCUUAUUGCUGCAAAGAAACCACUACUCAAGGAAGGCAAUAAGAAGAAGAGACUUGCUUGGGCCAAGAAACACGAGCAAUGGACAUUUGACCGGUGAAAAUCUGUUCUUUGGUCUGAUGAGUCUAAAUUUGAGAUUUUUGGUUCCAACCCGCUGUGUCUUUGUGAGACACAGAGUAGGUGCGAUCGUGUGGGAGUGUUUUGCUGGUCACACUGUCUGAUUUAGAAUUCAAGUCACACUUAACCAGCAUGGCUACCACAGCAUUGUGCAGCGAGACGCCUUCCCAUCUAGUUAGCGCUUAGUGGGACUAUCAUUUGUUUUUCAACAGGACAAUGACCCAACACACCUCCAGGCUGCGUAAAAGGCUAUUUGACCAAGAAGGAGAGUGAUGGAGUGCUGCAUCAGAUGACCUGGCAUCCACAAUCACCCGACCUCAACCCAAAUGAGAUGGUUUGGGAUGAGUUGGACCGCGGAGUGAAUGAGUAUGUGGUAACUCCUUCAAGACAUGGAAAAGCAUUCCAGGUGAAGGUGGUUGAGAGAAUGCCACGGGUGUGCAAACCUGUCAAGGCAAAGGGUGGCCACUUUGAAGAAUCUCAAAUCUAAAAUAUAUUUAUAUAUUUCUUUGGUUACUACAUGAUUCCAUUUAUGUUAUUUCAUAGUUUUGAGGUCUUCACUAUUAUUGUACAAUGUAGAAAAUAGUACAAAUAAAGAAAAACCCUUUUUUGAACUGAUACUGUAUGUGGAGGAUUUGUGCAGGAGAUCAGGUCAUGUUUUUUGUGUUUCGGUUCAGGAUUUCAUUCUCCGAUAAGAUUAUAUUCAUUAAUGAACAAUGCCAAUAAUUAAUGCCUCAAUUUAGAGUUAAGCCUAAAGGGUCAUGGUUAGGUUUUGACGAGCUGUUGAGUUUGCAUCUCAGAAGCAUUCAGUGGCCUUUUUUUCACAUCCACUGGAAGAGUUGAGUUAUUUAUUUCAGUCGUAUCUUAUUUUUUUUUAUCAUGCUUUGGCAACUCUAUAACCAGCAUAGACGAGGUACAAAGCGAAACGCUUUCAGUCUCAACCCAAAUGAUACAAUCCUCCUUUUAAGUGUCCUUAAAAUGUCAGUGGCGUGAGCCAUGGAGUUCUCCUCGGGUUUCCUUUUUUUCUUUUUUUGCCUUUUUUAUAUCUGGGUGUAUGGCACAGGAGGCUGAGGGGAGGACGGCUCAUAAUAAUGGCUAGAAUGGAAUGGUCUCAAACACAUGGAAAAUAUGUAUUUGGUGUGUUCAAUACCAUUCCAUUAAUCCAUUCCAUCAAUCCGUUCCAGCCAUUACUAUGAGCCCGUCCUCCCCAAUUAAGGUGUCACCGGCCGCCUGUGGUGUAUGUUGGCAGGCAGCUGCCUCCAUAGACACCCACUUAUUAUACUGUACAUCCCAUUCUCAGAUAGUCUCUUGCCAGGCGGCUUACUUCCGCAAUCUUUGAAUGUGUCGUUGCCCAAGGUCUGGCUAUAAGAGAAUAAUUCUCAGAUGGGACGUGUGCGUGUGUGCGUGCAUGCCCGUGUCUAGUUGUACCUGUGGUUAUGCCUACUGUGUGUGCCCGUGAGGAAGUGAAGGCUCUGCAUGAUUCAUGCUUUAGUGUCUUUGCAUUUUCACUUUAAAAAAAAGUUGUUGCCCUUGUGGCUUCAUGGAGCUUGACAGACAGUUUAACUCCCCUUGUUUCCUUUUAAAUCCUUUACCUUGUUUUCAUUUCACCUUUUUGUUAAUUUACUAAAAAAGGAUUUUGUAAUGAAGACAGUGAGUGGUAAGUGAGUUAUAUUUUAUAUAAAGUCUUAUUGGAUGUUUGCUUAAAACCCCUGACCCUUCCUUAACCCCUGUCCUGUGUGAAAUAGAUUCUGUGACUUCUGUUUGCCACAUUUGGGCUGAAGGGGCCUUCUUGCUCCACCUGUCCAGUGAUUUGGACAUUGCAAUUGGACACUUAUGUUAUGUCCUGUAGAGACCCAAUGCUGUUGUCACAAAUGGGACUAGUUACCAUUCCUAGCCUGAGCUCAGAUCUGUUUGUGCUUCGCCAACUUCUCUGACUAGCAUUAUAGUUGGCUGAAGCAUAUACAGAUCUGGGACCAAGCUGCUUGUUUGGUAGUUUGAGUAGUAGUAUUGCUUCGGCAGGAAAUAGAUGACUUGAGUUUAGUCCUCAUGCUGCUCUAUCUAAAGCGUAUGUUGAAAGUGUGGAGGGCUGGUGUUCUGUUUUGAGUCUGUUACAUGGCAACGUCUUAGGAGGAAAGGAGGAGCAGAUUACUUUUAUACCAGCCUUUUACUUUAAUGUAUCUGAUAUUUAAAAUAAAAUAAUCUAUAUGAAUUUAACGCUACUCUGUACUAAAAAUACCUGUCAGAUUUUUUUUAGCUAUUUUUAUAGUUGAAAAAACUGUUAAAGUUCACUAAUAUUCACCACACACACACAGAAAUAUAUAUGAAUAGUAUUUUGCAUCCUUAUUGGUAUGAGUUGUUUUUAUACAUCAAAAGACAAAGCUUGCUCCCCUUUAAGUCAGGGUGCACAUUUCAGUGCGAGAGAACUAGUCCUAUUUCAUAGUUUCACCAUCUUAUACUCUAUUUCAUAGAUUAGGCCCUGUAUUGAAUUCGAGUAAAUAAGAACCACUCUGCCAUAGGACAAUGCUCUGAAAGCACUAUACUGAAAUUGUGUCUUCUGCAGUAAUUACAGUAGAAUACUAUAAAACGAUCUGCUAUCCAUGUAAUUAGAUAGCAAUGUUUGAUCAGCAAGGAUCCUGUUAUGUUUUAUUGUUCUAAGGUGUGUCCUGCAGGGGUAUUUCAUUGGGCCGGAAUGAUACCAGUAUCUCAAUGUAUUUUUUUCCAUGGCAAAAAUGAAAACACGAAGCAGAUCAAGUCUUUGGUCUUUUAAAAACCUGCUGUAUGACACACAUUGUGUGCUAUAGCUUGGAAAAUAAAUGUGACAACAUAAUGAGGUUUGUUUAACAUUAGGGCUGUUUUCUUAAAGAAGUUAAACCUGCUUUGUUUCCUUGCCACGAUACUAACGAGUAUUGCGGUAUUGGUUUCAUCCCGGCCCUAGUAUUUAACUUGAGCAUUUGCCCUUCAUCCAUUCCUUUACUGAUUGAUUUGAUAUCAUAGUUCGUCAUGAUACACCGUGCUAGGGGCUGAGUAACAUGAGCCUCCUUCAUCCAGGUUAGGAGACAUGAUAUUCCCCUCUGAGUUGUCUUCUCACUCGUACCACCACGCACACUAUUGAAAUAUUCAGCAUAGUGAAGCAUGACAACAAUGGAUGCCAUGGUCUGUACUGUCAGCAUUUUGGGUUGUAGCACUGAUGUCUAUAACUGCAAUGGCCAUUUGAUCUCUCGUAAGGUGGCAAUUUAUCCACACAAUGCAAAGACCCAUGCUAAUAGUUUAUUAGUUUCAUAUUAACCUUUUGAGUGGCAACUACCAUUAAUGCAUUUGAGAUGAUGACAACCAGAAACAGAGAAAACACUACAUUAUUUCAGAUUGUUUUGUUGGGUUAUUUUGCUGCUUGCGUCUAAAUGUUGUUGUAUAAUCCUUUUUUUAAAUGUGUCGUCUCUGAUAUUCUCUGGAUCGUAUGUAUUUAUGCGAAACCUUGUGAUUUUCAGUUUUUUUGUUUAUUUGUUAGUAUUUUUAAAUUUCAUGUUUGAAUAAAGCCUUUGACUAUCCUGGG